UGCGUUGUGAUGUGAUUGUUUUAAUUAAGUAAAUACUACGUAUUGAUUGACAUUUUUGAAUGAAGUUCGGUAAUGUUUUAACACAAGUUAAUUAAAGAUGGCCGAUGUUCAUCUGACUACGACUACUAGCAGUUUUGGACACACAGUAAUUGACCAAAUAGGAGCAGACAACAGCACUGGACUGUCCAAUGCAACAGAAAGUGAAUUACUAGACCAACUAAAUGACGAACUAAAAAGGGCAUUAACACCUGUUUCAGUUUUUGUUGGAAUUGAAGCUGUUGUGGGAUUUUUUGGAAAUUUAUUUGUCUUGUACGUGUUCAUCAAACGUUACCAUGACUGUAACUUCCGGUACUUCGUGCUGUGCUUGGCUUUUCUAGACUUUAUCAGCACGCUGACCACAAUGCCUGGGGAGAUUCUCACGCAGCAAUUCUGGUACAAGUACCCAUUUCCCAUCGUAUGCAAGAUAAAGUCCUUUUUCAAUGUGUUCACGGUAUCAGGGGAGGCAUUUUGUCUAUGCAUCAUUGCUGUCGACCGCUACCGGAAGGUCUGUGCGCCAUUUAGAUGGCAGAUCAAGCCACGCCAGGCGCUUAUCAUGUGCGGCGUCAUCUACGGCGCGGCGUUCAUACUUUCACUACCAGUCGCGUUUCUCUGGGGAAUCCACCAUGACGUAAAAAUAUACAAUGGAAGAAACGUGACGGUCACAAUUUGUGAAAAGGAUGCUAAAUAUGCAGACAGUAAACAUCCGUUUGAAUACGCUUCAUCAGUGGAGGGUAUAAGUGGAAUAUGUCUUACAAUCAUGUUCGUUCUUUAUAUACUGGUAGCAAAAAAACUCAUCUUAGGUCGCUCUUUGGCUGCUCAAAAGCGCCAAAACGCGAAGGUGCCUAUAGUCAGCAUAUCAGCAGUUUCACAUAACAAAAUAAAACAACAUCUCGAGAUCAGCGAUGGAAGUACUGCUUCUAGUUCUGACGUCAAGACCGGGAAUGGACUAGCUUACAAAGAGACUGCAAUGAGGUAUAUGGAUGACGAAAGUGAACCGGUUGACAUCAAUGAUGUUUGUUUUUCGGACGCCGAAACUACAUGCGAUGAUGGGUCGUCAGAGGACCGUCACAAAAAACGGGUACGGCGUCGACAUCGAGAAAUAGCUGGUCGCAUUCGCCAGAAAACGUACAUUAUGUUCGUUCUGACAAUCAUAUUCAUGGUCACAACAAUUAUGUAUAUGACAUUAUUAGCGUUAAUAUCAGAAGGAAUCUUGAAUCGUUUGAAUGACAAUGAGAAGGCCGUGUAUUUCUUCUUCUUCAGACUUGUGUUCAUAAAUCAUGCUAUCAACCCUUUUGUGUACGGUUUUCUCGACCCUCAGUUUAAACAAGUAUUAGUGGAUAUUAAAAAUCUGCUAGGAAAGUAAGCAAAAAGUGAUUAAACUUGAUGUAUGUUAUUUUCUCCAACGACAGCUGUAUUCUGCAAAUAAAAUUCACCACACAUACGCAUACUCAUGUUUAGCAUAUAGAAACUUACAAUUGUGUAUGUUAAAACAGAGCGCGCGAAAGACAUACGAUACCCUAACAUGUAUGUCUUAGAAAGUGAGUUCUUUCUCCAGGAACCGAAACAUUUGGUCCCUUAUUAUUCUUCAUAUAUUUGUGUUGCUCAUAUGAGCAUUUAGUGAUGCAUUUUGGUAUACCUAAUGAAUACUUUUUACCAUAUCAAAAUGAAAUGUUUCGUUGGACAAUGGGCGAUGGCUGAGGGAGGGGGAGCCAUCGACAACUAACCCCCUCUCCCAAAACGAAUACCUAUUUAUGUCGCACGCCAGUUUGAACGUCUCUUGUAUUGCGAUCGACGUUCAUAAUUAUCUUGUCUUUUCUGUGCGUAUAUGUCACAAUGUAAAACUGUUUUUUU